AUGAGUGUUGGACGUCGAAGAAUAAAGUUGUUGGGAAUCCUGAUGAUGGUAAAUGUCUUCAUUUAUUUGAUUGUGGAAGUCUCCAAAAGCAGUAGCCAAGAAAAAAAUGGAAAAGGGGAAGUAAUAAUACCCAAAGAAAAGUUCUGGAAGAUAUCUGACCCUCCCAAGGCAUAUUGGAACAGGGAACAAGAAAAGCUGAACAGGAAGUACAAUCCCAUUUUGAACAUGUUAGCCAACCAGACAGGGGAAGCAUACGGAUUUUCCAACAUAAGCCAUCUGAAUUAUUGUGAACCUGACCUGAGGGUCACGUCAGUAGUUUCAGGUUUCGACAGUUUGCCAGACAGAUUUAAAGACUUUCUGUUGUAUUUGAGAUGUCGAAAUUAUUCAUUGCUUAUAGAUCAACCUGAUAAGUGUGCAAAGAAGCCCUUCUUAUUGCUGGCGAUUAAGUCCCUUACUUCACAUUUCGACAGAAGGCAAGCGAUUCGGGAAUCUUGGGGCAAAGAAACCAAUGUGGGGAACCAAACAGUGGUGCGAGUCUUCUUACUGGGCCAGACCUCCCCAGAGGACAACCAUCCUGACCUUUCAGAUAUGCUGAAAUUUGAGAGUGAGAAACACCAAGACAUUCUUAUGUGGAACUACAGAGACACCUUCUUCAACUUAUCUCUGAAAGAAGUACUCUUUCUCAGGUGGGUGAGCACUUCCUGCCCAAAUGCUGAGUUCGUGUUCAAGGGUGAUGAUGAUGUUUUUGUGAACACCCAUCACAUCCUGAAUUACUUGAAUAGCUUAUCCAAGAACAAAGUCAAAGAUUUGUUUAUAGGUGAUGUGAUUCACAAUGCUGGACCUCAUCGUGAUAAGAAACUCAAGUACUACAUCCCGGAAGUUGUUUACACUGGCAUCUACCCACCUUAUGCAGGGGGAGGUGGAUUCCUGUACUCUGGCCACCUGGCCCUGAGGCUAUACAAUGUAACUGACCAGGUCCUUCUCUACCCCAUUGAUGAUGUUUAUACUGGAAUGUGCCUUCAGAAACUUGGCCUCGUUCCAGAGAAACACAAAGGCUUCAGGACAUUUGAUAUAGAAGAGAAAAACAGGAAUAACAUUUGUUCCUAUGUAGGUUUGAUGUUGGUACAUAGUAGAAAACCUCAAGAGAUGAUUAAUAUUUGGUCUCGGUUGCAAAAUGCUCAUUUAAGUUGCUGA